AUGAAUAGAAGAGCAUUGAUGCCACGUGAGCAACCUGCUAAUUUAAUUCACGUGAUACGUAUCCGUAAUUUAGUCCAUAUGAUGCGUAUCGGUAAUUCAAUUUAUGUAAUAAGUGUUGGAAAUCCAAUCUAUCCAAUACGUACCCGUAAUUCAGUUCAUGCGAUACGUAUCGGUAAUUCAGUUCAUGCGGUACAUACUGGUAAUUUCGCUCGUGCGACACGUACUGGUAUUUUAACACAUAAUUUAGCACAUGCGACACAUACUGGUAAUUUAGCACAUGCGACACAUACUGGUAAUUUAGCACUUGCGACACGUACAGGUAAUUUAGUUAAUGCGACAUGUACUGGUAAUUUAAUUCAUAUAAUGCGUACCAGUAAUUCAAUUCGUGCGAUACGUACUGGUAAUUUAGUUCAAGUGUUGCGUAUUGAUAAUUUAAUUCAUAUGAUACGUACCAGUAAUUCAAUUUAUGUAAUACAUGCUAGUAAUUUUGUUCAUGUAAUGCGUACCCGUAAUUCAAUUUAUGGAUUAAAUAAUUUAGUUCAUGUGAUGCGUGCUAGUAAUUCAGUUCAUGCAAUACAUGCAAGUAAUUUAAUUCAUUCGAUACGUAUCGAUAAUUUAAUUCGUAUGAUGCAUGCUAGAACUUUAAUUAAUCGAGCACAAUCCAAUAAUCUAACACAAGCAAUACGUACCAGUAAUUCAGUUCGUACGAUACGUGCUUAUAAUUCAGUUCAUGCGAUACGUAUCGAUAAUUUAGUUCGUGUAAUACGUAGUGGUAAUUCAGUUCAAAUGGUACGCACCGGUAAUUUGAUUCAUGUAGUACGUACUGAUAAUUCAAUUUAUAUGAUGCGUACUGAUAAUAUAGUUCAUGAUAUACAUAUCGGUGAUUUAAUUCGUAUAAUCCUUGCUGGCAAUUCAAUUUAUGUAUUACGCCAAGAUAAUUCAGUUCAAAGGAUACGUGCUGGUAAUUUAAUUCAUGGAAUACAUGCGCGAAAUUCAAUUUAUACGAUACGUGCUGCUAAUUCAAUUCAUGAGAUGCAUAAUGAUAAUGCAAUUUAUAUGAUACGUACUGGUAAUUUAGUUUAUGUAAUAAAUACUGGUAAUUCAAUUAAUGUGAUGCAUACUGGUCAUUUAUUUCACGUGAUAUGUACUUAUCAAUCAGCUAAUACCAUACGUAUUUUCGUAGCAAAUAAUUCAGUUUUUGCGACACGUUCAGGAUAUAAUUGCAUUCUUAUGAUAAGUAUAGAUAAUUCUUUUCAUAUAAUACGUUGUGGUGACUCAAUUUGUACAAUACAUUCAGAUAAUCCACUUCAUCUGGUGCGUACCGAUAAUUCUAUUCAUGUUUUACGUAUUGGUGAUUUAGUUCAUACAAUGUUUGCUCCUCAUUUACUUCCUGUAAUACGUACUGGUAAUUUAAUUAGUAUGAUGAUUAGUAAUUCAGUUUGUAUGACACGUGCCAGUAAUUACGUUCAUGUAAGGCGUAUCAAUAAUUCAGCUUACACCAUUCGUACUCGUAAUUCAGUUCGUAUGAUGCGUCACG